AUGGCAGUAGGAAAAAAUAAAAGAACAUCAAAGGGAAAAAAAGGAGGAAAAAAAAAAGUUACUGAUGUUUUUACAAAAAAGGAAUGGUAUGAUCUUAAAGCUCCCAAAAUGUUUUUAGUAAGAAAUUUUGGAAAAACAUUAGUAACAAAAACUAUUGGAAAAAAAUUAGCAACGGAUAGCUUAAGAGGAAGAAUAUAUGAAGUCAAUUUAGCUGAUUUAAAUAAUGAUGAAGAUCAAGCACAUAAAAAAAUAAAAUUGAGUUGUGAACAUAUUAUUAAUAGAGAUUGUUAUACUGAUUUCUGUGGUUUAAGUAUAACAAGAGAUAAGUUAUGCUCGUUAAUUAGAAAAGGAUAUACAUUAAUAGAGGGAUUUACUGAUGUAAAAACUAUUGAUAAUUAUCAUUUAAGAAUGUUUUGUAUUGCCUUUACAAAGAAAAGACAAAAUCAGACAAAAACAACUUGCUACGCUCAAACUAGCCAAAUAAAAAAAAUUAGAAAAAAGAUGGUAGAUAUUAUGAAUGCAGAAGCUAGCAAAGUUUUAUUAAAAGAUUUAGUAAAAAAAUUCAUACCAGAAUCUAUAGGAAAAGAAAUUGAAAAACAAUGUAAGAAAAUAUUUCCAUUACAAAAUGUUUUAAUUAGAAAAGUUAAAAUUUUAAAAAAACCUAAAUUAGAUAUUUCUAAACUGAUGGAAUUGCACACGGAACCAAAAGAAGAUUCAGGAAAAAAUGUUAAAGCUUUACCAGAAUCAAAAGAAGCAACCAACAUUUUGACGGCUGAACUUAAACAUUAA